AAGUACUGCCCCUUUAACCAGCUCUCCUCCCCGUCAGUCCCACACGCGUACUGUUGCUCUCUUCCCCAUUUCGCUGCUUUGUUUUCAUUGUCGCUCUUCCGAUCAUGGCUGCUCAUUCUACCGAAGAGCCAUUCCCCUUCCACGGGCUGCUCCCCAAAAAAGAAACCGGCGCUGCCUCUUACCUCACCCGGUUCCCCGAGUAUGACGGCCGAGGGGUGCUCAUCGCCAUUCUCGACACCGGCGUGGAUCCCGGGGCCCCCGGCAUGCAGGUCACAACUGAGGGGAAGCCAAAGAUUGUUGACAUCAUUGAUACGACAGGCAGUGGUGACGUGAACAUGACCACUGUGGUGGAGCCUAAAGAUGGGACAAUCACCGGCCUCUCUGGCAGAACGCUCAAGAUCCUUCCUGCUUGGGUCAAUCCAUCAGGGAAGUAUCGCAUUGGAGUUAAAAAUGGCUACGAGUUCUUCCCCAAGGCUCUGAAAGAAAGAGUACAGAAAGAGCGAAAGGAGAAGAUGUGGGAUCCGCCACACAGAGCAGCACUCGCUGAGGUUUGCCGCAAGACGGAAGAGUUUGACCUCGCUCAUCCAAACCCCUCACAGAUUGAGAAGUUGCAGAAAGAAGAGUUGCAGUGUCAGUCAGAGCUCCUGGCAUCGCUAGAAAAGAAGUACAGUGAUCCUGGGCCUGUAUAUGACUGUGUGCUUUGGCACGAUGGCGUCACAUGGAAGGCUGUAGUUGACACUUCAGAGUGCGGAGAGCUGUCCCAGUGCACUGUGCUGAGCUCAUACAGAGAGUCACAUGAGUAUGCCACGUUAGGAACUGUCGAGAUGCUUAACUAUUCUGUUAAUAUUUAUGAUGACGGCAACACGCUCUGCAUAGUCACCAGCGGAGGGGCUCAUGGGACACAUGUGGCAAGCAUCGCAGCAGGCUACUUCCCAGAGGAGCCCGAACGUAAUGGUGUGGCCCCGGGUGCCCAAAUCCUGGCUCUGAAGAUUGGAGACACCCGCCUCAGCACCAUGGAAACAGGCACAGGGCUCAUCCGCGCGAUGAUUGAAGUAAUCAACUACAAGUGUGACUUGGUUAACUACAGUUAUGGGGAGGCCACACACUGGCCCAAUUCAGGGAGGAUUUGUGAGGUGAUCACUGAAGCUGUGCAGAAACACAACGUGAUCUUUGUGUCAAGCGCGGGAAAUAACGGCCCCUGCCUCACUACAGUCGGCUGCCCAGGAGGAACCACCAGCAGUGUUAUAGGAGUUGGCGCAUACGUGACGCCAGACAUGAUGGUGGCAGAAUACUCCCUGAGGGAGAAGCUGCCUCCGAACCAGUACACCUGGUCAUCGAGGGGUCCCAGUACCGACGGGGCCCUGGGGGUCAGCAUCAGCGCCCCUGGCGGUGCCAUUGCAUCCGUGCCCAACUGGACCCUUCGUGGUACCCAGCUGAUGAACGGCACAUCCAUGUCAUCACCUAACGCUUGUGGCGGCAUCGCACUAGUCCUCUCAGGAUUGAAACAGAACGGGAUCCAUCCCUCAGCUCCUGCUGUGAGAAGAGCGCUGGAAAACACUGCUCUGAAGGUUGAUGACAUCGAGGUGUUUGCACAGGGCCACGGAAUAAUCCAGGUGGAAAAGGCGUUAGACUACCUCACUCAGCACGCCUCUUUACCCACAAGCCACCUAGGCUUCUCGGUAAGUGUGGGAACACAGAGAGGCAUCUACCUCAGGGACCCAGCCCACGUUCUUGGACCCACUGAUCACGGAGUUGGAAUUGAGCCCAUCUUUCCAGAGAACACAGGAAACUCUGAGCGAAUCAACCUGCAGCUUCACUUGGCGCUCACGUGCGCUGCCCCGUGGGUCCAGUGCCCCUCCCACCUCGAGCUCAUGAACCAGUGUCGUCACAUUAACGUUCGCAUCGACCCCGUUGGACUGAGAGAGGGAGUCCACUACACAGAGGUGUGUGGGUAUGAUACAGCAGCUUCUACCUGUGGGCCACUAUUCAGAGUUCCAAUCACAGUUGUUAUCCCUGCCAAAGUAAUAGACAGUCGUAGUCAUGAGGUGUGUUUCACAGACGUCCACUUUAGACCGGGCCAGAUCAGACGCCACUUCAUUACUGUUCCUCAGGGAGCCUCCUGGGCAGGUUGGUGUCUCUCUGUUUUCAGAGAGUUCUGCAUUGCACGCUGGUGGGCGAGCCUGGGUGACGUCACGGUGGACUACACCAUCGCCUUCCACGGGCUCAACACGUCUCCGUCACCCCUGCACAUACAUGCCUCGGAGGGAGUGACGAGUUUCGAAGUGUUUUCACCACUGAGAUACGAGGAAGUGUCUCCAACUAUCACCCUCAAGUCGUGGGUUCAGCCUCUGAGGCCCUUAAGUUCAAAGAUAAAAGCGUUGGGGAUGAGGGAUGUUCUGCCUGAUAACAGACAACUCUAUGAGAUCGUGCUCACCUACAGCUUUCACCAGCCCAAGAGUGGAGAAGUUACACCCAGCUGCCCAAUGCUGUGUGAGCUGCUGUAUGAGUCAGAGUUUGACAGUCAGCUCUGGAUGCUGUUUGACCAGAACAAGAGACUGCUGGGCUCUGGUGACGCCUAUCCACACCAGUAUUCUUUAAAGCUGGAAAAGGGAGACUACACUAUCCGGCUGCAGGUCCGCCACGAGCAGUCCAGUGAGCUGGAGCGACUUAAGGAUCUGCCGUUCGUGGUUUCUCACCGUCUCUCCACCACCCUCAGCCUGGAUGUCUACGAGACACAUCGCGCUGCCCUCAUGGCCAAGAAGAAGGUGAAUUCUGUCACCUUGUCCCCGGGUGCCACACAGCCUUUCUACGUCACAGGCCUGCCAGAUGACAAGAUCCCGAAGGGAACGAGUCCAGGAUGCUACCUUUCAGGCUCUCUCGUCGUGCCCAAGAGCGAGUAUGGCAAGAAAGCUGGGCAGGCCUCAGCAAAACGACAAGGGAAGUUUAAAAAGGAUGUCGUUCCCGUCUUCUACCACUUAAUUCCUGCUCCCAACAAAACAAAGAAUGGAGGGAAGGAGAAGGACAAGGAAGGAGAGAAGGAGAAGGACGUUAAGGACGAGUUUGCAGAAGCUAUGAGGGAUCUGAAGAUUCAGUGGAUGACCAAGUUAGAUUCCAGCGCUGUUUAUGACGAACUGAUGGAAAACUACGCCGACUACCUGGCACUGCAUGUGCAAAGGCUCCACCAGCUGGACUCGGAAAAGGAGCGUGUGAAACGCCUCAAGGAGGUGGUGUCAGCAGCAGACCUCGUCAUCUCCCGCAUCGACCAGACAGCCUUGGCUGUUUACCUCACCAUGAAGACGGACCCACGGCCGGACGCCGCUUCUAUCAAGAGCGACAUGGAGAAGCAGAAGUCGUCCCUGCUCGACGCUCUGUGCAGGAAGGGCUGCGCUCUUGCCGACCAGCUCCUCCUGCCCCCCUCGUCGCAGGAUGGCGCCGGGGCUGUCGCCACGGGGCAGACGGUGGCUGAAGAGCCUGCAGAGGAGGCGGCCAGCAGUUCUGAUGACAUCCUGCAGAACAUUUCCAAAGCCCUGAUGGAUACAUUCUGGGAGGUGCAGAAGUGGGCGGAGCUAACUGAGUCCAAGGUGUUGAUGUUUUCAUAUAAACACGCUCUGGUGAACAAGAUGUACGGGCGGGCUUUAAAAUACGCCUCAAAGAUGGUGGAGGAGAAGCCCAGCAAGGAAAACAUGAAGAACUCCAUCCAGCUCAUGCGUCACCUCGGAUGGACACACUGCGCUGCUUUCAGCGAGAACUGGCUCCCCGUCAUGUACCCCGCCGACUACACGCUGUUCUAGGCAACGGCGCGCACACACCUGCAUACACCCACGGUCCCAUCACAUGACAACUACGAUAUCAUGUCCCUCAGGGUCACAUGGUCUAUGCAUCCAACCAACCAGCUGCCUCCUCAGAUUUUUUUUUUUUUAAAUGUAAUUGUUGAUGAACACCAAAAUAAAUGAUGACGGCGAGCUUAAGUGGAGGGAUCACGCUCAUCCUGAAGUUACCUUUAAACAUGUUGUCGAGCAGCCUCGGCUGUUCAGCAAGAAAAACAACCAAUAAAUGAGUUUUUAAGAGCUCUGAACUCUCUCGAGGGUGGGCUUGAUCCUGCAGCUCAGUCGUCGUCCUUUAUUUUGCUGUCAUCCACAGAUUUUUGGAGGCGUUCACAUCCACCCCAUUCUCAGCUGUCUGGACUUCAUUUCACAUGAAAAACCUCAUUGUCUGGUGUAAAUACUGUAAAAAAACAAAAACAAAACAAAAGGGCCACGACCCGGUUUAUUAGCGAAGAAAACAAACUGACUACUCAAAGCUUGCUGUUAUACUUCAGAGAGAAGACGGAGGACUCGCUGCUGCACACGUGCAGACACACGGCGCCUGAUCCUUGAGUUAAAAGGGAGUCACAGACAGAGCUCAAUCUCCCUUUUUUCUUUUCUUUUGAUUGUCCAGCCCGCCUGGGUUAAAGCUACCAUUUAUUCUUGUCUGUCUCAGAACACACAACAGUUUUGAGGUGCCUUUCUUCAUGUACCUUAACCUUUUCUGAUGGGAUGAAACACAGGUCGUAGGGGGAGGAUUUGACCACAGGAGGCGCUCAUCUACUUUCACCCAUCAACCUUCAGUGGUGUCGACGGAUGCGUCGAAGCUCGUAUCAGCAGCGCGACGAGCCACGUGCUCGCUGCAUCACCGCCGCCUUCGACAACCACCUAAAACAGACCUCACUAACGUCACGAUGCAGUCGCGGGCAGCGGUAGGAUGUUCGGAUCUGGUUUCAUCGUAAAACUUUCACACAGUGUUAAGACGAGUUUCUGUGCAGCAGUCACGGCGUUGCACAUGUACACAGUGUCAUAAAAUAAUGUACAUACACUCAUAACUUACAGUAUAUUAAGAUGCAAUAGGUAUAUAACACAAAAAUAUUCUAAUCGAUGUGUUUUGAGUAUAUGCAUGUCUUCUAGGAUGUAAGGAAGCAUAGUUUUGUGGAAGCGGAUUUUCAGUUUCUAUUUGAAUGAUUUUUAAUCGCUGACGGUAUCCUCUGAUGUUGUUUUCAUGUGUGCGUGUCUGAGUGAAUAUUAUUUGUGAGGGUGUUUUUGUGUACAUCAACAUUUCUCCCAGCGAGACUGUAACGAAAGCCAUUUAGAGGGGAGCUGAGCAUAAGUUUUGUUUUUUGCUUUUGAGGACUUACACAGUGCUUUUGUCCAAUUUAUCUAAUUUACACAGACCUUAAAUUACAGCUUCUGCAAGCUGUGAUGUUUUUUUGUUUUUUUUUCUUUGAACUUAAUAGGUCUGGACAUUUGCCAUGUGCCACAUGUUUCUCUACUCAAAAUAAUCCAGGCGAGGUUGGUGCCUGAGUAGAGCUCAGAGUUUAUGAUACACAAUGCUCACCUGCUGAAAAGUGCGUGUGUGAGAAGUGAGUGAGGUUUGCAGCUAAUGUACAUUUUAUUUUCCUCUCCUCCUUACCUUGGAAUGGGCGCGGCUCUGAGGCUUUGUGCAUGCUUUUUCUUCAUGUAGUGACGAUGUGAUGUGUAAAUGGUCGACGCUGCCGUGUGCAAGCAUAGGAAAACGGUGUAGAUGGAAAAAAUGCUUCUAAAAAUAGACAAACCUCACAACAUGCUUCUGAAAGCUGUUCAGCAAAAAUUCAAAGGGUUGUAUUUAAGGGUGUAUCUAACAUGGACAGAUCUUUUUUUUUUUCCCUUUUUUCUUUAAAUCCAUAAAACUUAAAGUAUGAUUUCUGUUUCAUCACUUUAACCAAAGAACGAUUUUCCACGUUAAGCUGUUUAAUCAUCGCUGCAUGUAUGAAGGCAUAAACCAUAUCGGAGAGGAGGUGGUGGUGGUGUCACGCCCCACGUGUGAAGAUGAACCCUUACCCUCCGGUGUGGAUUUUGUGACUGUUUAUGGUCUCAUCUUUCCCUGAUGUUGUUUUAAGACCUCUCUCAAGUGGAAGGUCCAUGCCUACGAAUGUAAAAGCAGCUGCUUUCGAGCCUCUUGUCCUCAAGGGGAGCAGAAAAAUCUCUUCUGGGGGUGAAUCGGUGGUCACAAAUCAUGCUUCUGUUUUUAGCUUCUCAGCAGCAGUCUCAGGUUUCUCUGCUGGAAUCCAUUUUUCUUUUUUAAAUCUUCUCUUUUCUCCUUUUUCUGGAGUUUUGGAUUGUUUUUCAGACAGAUGUUGCGUUCAGGGCUCUGCUAUCAACAAUUACACGCUGCCAAUGACAGUUUCACUUUUAAAAUAAUUUUAAAAAGGCCUUAACGUUCACCACAGGACUUUACCGUCCACUUCAUGGCACCAAACAGACGUCUCAUAUCCGUUGCUCUCACUCCGCUGGUGUCGAGAAAGACUUCAGAAAAGCUUCUUACGGUUGUGUUUAUAUUUAUAGUCAUAAAAUCUAGUAAAUGCCAAUAUUUUAUCAAAUGUUACGAGAUAAGGUUGUAUGCUCUUAGUAUUAUUUUAUACCUAUUCUUCCUUGAUGACGUGGGAAAGACCCCGAGCUACUGUCACUAUUUUGUGGUCACAUGGAAUAAGUCACAAUCAGAAAAAUGACACUGAAUAAAAAUAUUUGGAAGAA